GCCUGGCCAGUCUGCCAAGGAAAAACAAUGGAGACUGCUGCAUUUUAUCCGGAUUUUACCAAUUACCUGCGCCACUGACGUGAAUUUUAGCCUCGUAAUGUUUUUAUUUAGACACUGAUGUCGUGAAAAAAUGUCAGCGUUUUUCAGGUUCUUGAGCAAACGACGAACUGGCAGGGGGGCUAAAAACAGGUCAGAUGCCCAAACUGCGGGAGUUCCAGUGAAACACAAGAAGAAUGUGCUUAGCUGUAAAGUUAUUUUACUAGACGGCGCUGAUUUGUCCGUUGAUGUUCCGAAAAAGGCAGAAGGAAGCAGUUUACUGGAGCAGGUGUUUUACUACCUGGACAUCAUUGAGAAAGAUUACUUUGGACUGCAAUAUACAGAUGCUCACAAUGUUAAUCAUUGGCUGGAUCCAACCAAGCCCAUCAAGAAGCAGGUCAAAAUUGGUCCACCUUACACAUUCCGAUUCAGAGUCAAGUUUUAUUCUUCUGAGCCAAAUAAUUUACACGAAGAACUCACGAGGUAUCAGUUCUUCCUACAGCUUAAGGAGGACAUCCUGACAGAGAGACUGCCGUGUGCGUUUGAAGUGGCCGUGGAGUUAUCUGCCUUUGCUGUCCAGUCGGAGUUAGGAGACUAUGACAGUACAGUCCACACCCCAGGGUAUAUAUCGGAGUUCAGAUUUAUACCAAACCAGACUGAGGACUUUGAACUGGCCGUGUUUGAACAGUACCAGAAGCUCAAUGGUCAGACACCAGCCCAGGCAGAGCUGAACUACCUAAACAAGGCGAAAUGGCUGGAGAUGUAUGGAGUGGACAUGCACUAUGUCAUGGGCCGUGACGGACAGGAAUAUUCCCUUGGUCUAACGCCAACAGGAAUUCUGGUUUUUGAGGGGCAACAGAAAAUUGGACUGUUUUUCUGGCCAAAGAUGACUAAGUUGGACUUCAGGGGGAAGAAACUCACACUUAUUGUAGUGGAGGAUGAUGAUGAUGGUCAGGAACACGAGCAUACGUUUGUGUUUCGUCUGCACAACCAGAAAGCCUGUAAACACCUGUGGAAGUGUGCGGUUGAGCACCAUGCCUUCUUUCGUCUCAAGGGACCCGGCAGGACGGGGUCUCGCAGACAGAACUUCUUCAGAAUGGGGUCUCGUUUCCGGUAUAGCGGGCACACAGAAUACCAGACUGCCACCAUGAACAAGGCUCGAAGGAGCGUCAAGUUUGAGCGCAAGCCCAGCCAAAGGUAUUCAAGACGCACAACGUUUGAGCGGAAGGAGGCAGAGCUAGCACGCCAACGGGAGCGUGAAAGGAACGCCAAAAAGGCCGAGUCUGAAGUCAAGACGACAGCUACUGUGACGACGCCCAAACCCGCACCCAUUGUUGCCCCCAAGCCCAGCGUUAAGCCGUCGGCUCCCUCGCCUCCACUACCUGCAGCUCAGUCCUCCCAGAAGGCAGAAGAGGAGGCGUCAAACCUGACUGUGGCCAAUGGGAGCACUGCCAAAGCUACAACAUCUGUCUCGGCUAUGGAGCGAUUGGAUAAUCUGAUCAAGGCGACGGCUAAAGGUCGAACUCCGUCACAGUCAUCGGAUCAGUCUGCCUCCUCGUCUGUCAGUUCGCCCUCCCCUCAUCAGCCAAUCCCAGAGCUUAGUCUCUUAGAGGCCUCUGAGCUAGCUGCGGCCAAGAUGAAGGGACUGGACCGACCAGGACCUGUGGUGUCCAAGCCUCCCAAAGAUGUGAACAGUUUUAUUAACAACCAGAUCAAGUUUGCAGGAGGGGCGACGGCUAUUCCGCCAGAACAUAUGAAAUGUAAUAUACUCAAGGCAAAGAUGGAGGAGGAGCUGAAAAAAUCCAAUGAGAAGGAAGCUUGUAUAGAAGAAACAGAGACAGAAACGGAAGAAGAUGAUGAUGAUACAGGGGAGGAAGGAGCUCUGAGCAAUAGUGAUUCGGACCCGGAAGAAAGUGAUGACGAAGAUAGAGUCUUUCACAGUCAGCGCUCCAGUGUCAGUGAUAAGGCACAGCUCCUCAAGUCCACUCCUAACAACUCUCAGCUCAUUGUCAACGGGCACAAUGCAAAUAACCUCCACAGGGGAGCACCCUCCAGUGACACCCAGACUGCGGGCACAAACUCACGGAGGAUAGGAUCAGCAGGGGACGCACCCUCAGCCUCGUCCAAGUUUGCGGGUGUUCCGCAGGAAACAUCAUUUACAGGUACUAAAGCUGUGACCAGAAAAGUCUCAACAACAAGUGCUAAAUCACUACCCUCAAAGACAAUGAGUCAGAUUGUUGUUGUGUCCAGGAGCCAGUCAGAAUCCGGCCCGGCUUCCGCUCCCGUUAACGGCUCUGAACUCUCGCCCUGGCAUGUGAACAGCGUCACGGAAAAUGGUGUGCAGCGCCGCGUUACCCUGACAACUGAGCUCUAGGAAAUGUAAACCCAGUUGCCAUCGUAACUUUAAAAUGCAGUGAAAUUCUGACCAGCUAGACAAAGGCUGUGAAUAUUAGAUGAACUGUGAAACUCACAAACUGCAACGGAAUCUCGCAUGUUGAUCAACUGCCCAGUGGAGGGGAUGAAGAUUACCUGUGACCCUAAGCCACUGUGUAGUCUCAGAAAGCUACCGGUCAUGGGCAGUGCUAAUGUGGACACUGGUAACUUGUUCCCUGUAUGUGCUGGACAGUGUAGCGCCAUACUUAAGGACCUAGCUUUGUUUUUAGAGUACAUAAUUGUUGCAUUUUGACUGGAGAUUGUAGAAAGUAUAGUCUACGCAAAAUCUCCCAGCCUUAUGCUCACUUGUGGACUACUUUUUAUCUGAGCAAUUUUAAAUUUCUGACGUUUUUAAACAGAGAGCGUGUGUCAUUAAAAUGUUUUUUAAUACAAGUAUAUAUUAAGACAGGAUAAGUGUAUGCUGUUUGUUCGUUUUUCAACGACUUCAUUAAUCCCAGUGGUUACCUGAUAAAUUUUGUCCACGAUAUGAAAUGCCGUAGAAGAAAAAUGAUAAUCUUUGUAAAUUAAAGAUAUUUUAACUAUUGGAAUAUGUUUCUCAGUGACAUUGUAAAACUCAGUGGUUGCCAUAUAUAUUGUGUCCUUGAUAUGAACUGCAUUAGCAGGAAAAUGAUUGUACGUGUAAAUUAAAGAUAUUUUAACUUUUUGAAAUUUGUACCAUACCUGAUUUUAACUCCAAAGAAUUCCUGGGCAGAUUUUGUGAACAUAUAUGUCAAUAAGACUCCUGGUUUUAGACAAUUUACAUCAUCAGUGAUUUUGUUGUGUGUACCUGGGGAAGUUUUAAGUCUUUUGGGACAAGGCAAGUUUAAAUGAAUUAAUUGUAUUAUAACAAUCUAUAUGUAUAUCCUCUAAAGUGUGAUAACAUUUUUAAGUCAAAUUACAAACAUUUAAAAUGUUUUAAAUAAUUUCGGUUAAUAUGGAUAUUGAAUUUUAAUGGGAUAAAUUUAGUUGUAGAUCACUUAUUAUUCAGAUAAAUUUAAAUGAAGUUCAAGUCUAAGCCUUAAUCCAUUGUCCACAAAAAUACUGUUUGUAAUUCCUGAGUGUUUUGAACUGUUGCUUUGUAUAAUACAUGCACUUGGAUACAGUUGGUUAGUGGUAUGCAUAUAUUUUUAACAAACCAAACAAAUCUAUUUACAUUUUUGGAACAAGUAUUUGUCUGUACUGCGCAAAGGAAAGAAAUAGAAAAUAGCCAAAUUGAUUGCCCUAGAUGCCUUACAUCAAAAAAAACUGUGAAUGACUGUACUCUCAGAAAAAAGUUGCUUACAGUUGAAAAAAAUGGUAUAAAGAUUUGGAGAGAAAGACUCCUUGGCUAAGUGAAUAUUGUGCCUAUGCUAUACAUCUAGGUAUCUGCAGAUUCAACGCUUACCUGUGAUACCUGUGGUGAGAAGCAUCCUCGGGUGCACAUGCAGCUUAUGCCUGACUGGAUGUUUGAGUGCUAAUUGCACUUGCUUUGAAGUAAAACUUCAAUGCUUAAUAGGUAUACAUUUAUGAUAUACACUUGGAGGAAU